UAAAAAGGAGGGCAAACAGAAUCCUGAGGCGGUGAGAUCAUGCAGCCACUUCCCGAGGCUCUGACGCGCACGCAUCCAAUUGUCUGAGAAAGAAGUGAUAAGGAACAUAUACUCCCGCCCUCCCGGCGACAAAAACCCGAUAGGGCACAAAAUAACUUGUCCCGUCUGCCCGCUCGCCAAACGAGAACGAGCAUUUCAGUGCGUACGCGAUCACCACGGAGAAAGAAGUCACUCGCUUCACUCCGUUCAUCACCAGGGGCACCAGGACACGGACCUCAAGGACACCGAGGGACCACGUCGUCGAUGAUGCACUGACUACGUAGGAUACCGAAACCUCAUACUCAUACAUCCAGCAAGCCAACGCGAGCAGUUCAUCCCAAGCAAGCUUCUACUUCAAGGUACGGGGGAAACAUUGAACCAUGGAGGUUCAAGCGGCACAGAUCGUGGCUCCCCUGCUGCUCCUCUUCGGCACCUUCUUUCUCGGUGUCCUGCCGAUCUGGCUUGUGAAGCGUCUCAGCUCCAUCCAGCGAGGCGCUCAAGGGCUGUCCUUCCUGGUGUGCAUCGGAGGAGGUGUCCUCUUCGCCACCAGCUUCCUGCAUCUUCUCCCUGAGGUUCGAGAAGGAUUCGAGAACCUGGACACAGAGUUCCCGGUCACGGAGGGCGUCGUCUGCUUGGGGUUUCUUGCCGUGUACGCGCUAGAAGAACUCAUCCACGCGUGCUUGGGCCACAGUCACAGCUCGACGAGUCAUGGUCAUGCUCAUUCUCCAGCUGUCAUGGAAUGCCACGACCACAGGGAACAGUCGCACCAGGACGGGGCACACGACAACCUCAACAACGGACAAGUCAGGCCCUACGGCACGGACACGUCCCCAACCAGCGUCGCAGCCGACGAACCUCUACACGACGUCACCAUCGCCGGCAUCCUCAUUGUAGCUGCCCUGUCCUUCCACUCCCUGUUCGAAGGACUGUCCUUGGGACUUCAGGAGAGCGAACAGUCCACGUGGAUUAUGUUCCUCGCCAUCGCAAUCCACAAGUACGUUAUAUCCUUCGUCGUCGGGUUCGACUUGAGUGCCAGCCGAGUGCGGCCCCGAAACGUCGUCAUCUACAUGGGAGUGUUCUCCGUCAUGUCGCCCAUCGGCGCCCUUGUGGGCGCCAUCACGAGGCAUAACCUGGAAGGGUCGACGGUGGUGGCCGCGCUCAACGGAAUUGCCACGGGCACCCUUAUCUACGUCACGUUCUUCGAGGUAUUGCAACGACAGAAGAACGUUAAGCUACACGGGUUGUUGCAGCUGCUAGCCGUCGGCCUGGGAUUUGGAGUUAUGCUGAUCUUGAUCGCAGUUCUGCCUCAUGACUGAAAUCUUCGGUUCCCAUAGAACUGAGCGUUGUGAUAAUCACGUUCACCAUGCUAAAUGUCUCUGCUGCAAGUGUAUAAGAGAGCGCUUGCAACGGACCUGAACAUGAUUGAUGAUCAUGAUGUUCGUGAUAGACAUUAUCGUGAUUAGUGAGUGGUCACAUAGGCUUUGGCCUCACGAUAAUGUUUUUUUGCAUUACUCAGACCGUCACAUGAAUGCUAACCGAGUUCCCGAGUAAGGAAUGUCGAUGGCAAUGUUACACAAACGUGGGGAUCUUCAUUUCUGGGACCAUCGACUAGUCGGUCGUAUGUCAGAGAUCCAGAUAAUGCUUUGAAAUGUGCGAACUAAUAAUUCAAUCACUCUGGUUUGUAUGUCAUAGUUACCCGAAGGCAGCGUAGAAUUUCAAACUCAGUCUAUACCAAGGAACAUCGUUAGAAGUUUUAUUUCUAGAAUAUUGCUAUCGGUACUUGAAACCACUGAUAUCAGCGUCACAAUACCUUUUAGUCAAUGUGAUUUCAAACGCAUAGAGAUAUCGAAUGACUUCAACGGUAAGUACUGUACUGUGGAAGCGGUCUUCUAGGUCUUCGGUCGCCAGAAUUACUGUGAUGAUAAUGCAUUUGGUGGCGUUAUUCUUGAGCCUUAGAUAUCUACCUGUUGACCACGAUCCUGGCCCCAUCCCUGUAGACCUUGUCGCCAUACUUAAGUUUAUCAUCCCUGCAUAGCCUGACAAUGUUAUUCGCUCGCUGCAAACACCAGAAGGUUGCUGACUGACACGAUGUAUAUAACGACCGCUCUGUCUGCUGCGGAUAAAACUGACAUCCCAGCUCUGCUGGUGUA